UAAUUUGGCCGAAUCUAAGAACGAGUGUAGUAAGGCACUUUUUCUGCAUCGACGUAGUUGGCUGAGAAGGUAAAUCGGAAAACAUCUAAAAGUGGUUUGUUUUAUCGUUUGUGUGCAUUGUGUGUCAAAAUUUCCGAUAUUGCGUAUGUGAAUUGCUGGCCUAGAGUGAAGAUGUUUACAGCUGACAUAUACGACCUAAUUUGACACAUCUUCAGUCUGGUUUAUUUCGCAGCAUGGCCAUCUCAAUAGCCAUUUUGGACUGUGAUCUACUGUUGCAUGGCCGCGGUCACAAGACCCUGGACCGUUUUGACGUGGGCUCUGUAUCAGACGACUUCCUUCUCACACAAUUUGGCUUCCCCAGAGAGUUUAUCCUAUACUUGGUCGAGUUACUCAGUGAGUCCCUCUGUAGACGCACACAGAGAUCCAGAGCCAUCAGUCCUGAGGUCCAGGUCCUGGCCGCGUUGGGCUUCUAUACAUCCGGCUCUUUCCAGACAUCAAUGGGAGAUACUAUUGGAAUCAGCCAAGCGUCCAUGUCCAGAUGUGUUUCCAAUGUGACCAGAGCUCUGGUUGAGAAAGCUCCUCAGUUCAUUACAUUGCACAGAGAGGCCAUGAUCCGAGAGCAGACCUCCCAGGAGUUCCAGAGGGUGGCAGGAUUGACGGGUGUUCUCGGAGUGCUUGACUGCGUUCAGGUUGCCAUCAAGGCUCCAAACAGCGAAGACUCGUCAUACGUGAACAAGAAGGGAUUUCACUCCAUUGGCUGUCAGCUUGUUUGCGAUGCCCGAGGCUUGUUACUUAGCGCAGAGACUCACUGGCCCGGUGGGCUCAAAAGUGUAGAUGUUCUGGAAAGAUCUGUCCUACAUAAAGACAUGCAAGAAACUGAGGAGGGCUAUUUGCUGGGUGAUAGCCGUUAUCCUCUAAGGAGGUGGUUGAUGACCCCGGUGGAUUGCCCUGAAUCCCCUGCAGAGUUUGGAUACAAUCUUGCUCACACAGCUACACAUGAGAUUGUGGAUAGAACGUUUCGAGCCAUCCAGACUAGAUUCAGAUGUUUAGAUGGCACCAAAGGAUACUUGCAGUACUCACCAGAAAGGAGCGCAUCCAUCGUGUUGGCUUGUUGUGUUCUCCACAACGCCUCCCUCCAGUCAGGAUUAGAUGCCUGGACUCUGGAAAGGACGGACCCCCUGGAGCAGCCCGAAACUCUGGAGCAGAGACCCGAGGACCGUGACGUUCAGGCUGAGGAGCUUCGCAAACAGCUUAUCCUCAAACACUUCAGCUAAUGUGUGCCUGACCUCAGCGGGGUUUUGCUCAAGAACAAGUGGAGUUCACACAAGAUGGAGUUCUGUUUACAGCAAGAAAGCCAAGAGACAGUGAUGCUGAUGCAGAUUUUUAAUAUUUUGCUUGUUUCUACUCUACUGACUACACUAAUAUAACAGGCGUAUAUGAAGGAACAUGCAAGACACUGUACAACAACAACGACGGUCCUCUGUGAACAUUACUUGAUUUACUUCCUAAACUAGUAUUUGUGACCCAGCUUUUUAAAUUUAGUUUUCAUUGUUGUCCAGGUUUGGAAGAAGUGACAGAGUCGUCCAUCCGUCCGUCUUCCUCCUCCCAUUAAAAAGACUUUGCAACACGUUUC